UUCUUGAAAGUAGAUUAUUGUUGGGCCUUGUAUACUCUAUUUAUAGAGUUCUAGAGUUCUACCAUAUAAGAUGGAAAAUGACAAUAGAUAGCGUGUUUGGAUUAUAAUGUUCUGCUGAUUCAGAGAGGAAUGACUAAAUCCUUUAGUAAAUGCCUUCGUUUUAAACUAUUUUGUAUUAUUUAUAUACAAGGAAAUUUAUAUUGUCUGGUAAAUGAUAAGUCUUAGAGCUGUGUGCUGUGUGCCGUGUGCUGUGCCAUUGAAUUGAAAUCACAAAAUAAUUGUGUCUAACUGGCAUAUUAAACAUUAUCCGGGAGAAUAUUGGGGAAAAGGUGAAAGAAUGCCACUCUAAAUUACUCGCUCUGCAUGCAAAAGCAUGGUGAUGUAACAUAUUAUCACUUCUUUGCUUGGGUCAUGAGUAUUUAAAGUACAAUUCAGUUGUAAUAACUUAGAUCAGCUGCAACUCUUGCAGAAUUCAUUUAGUGAAGUUGACAACAUAACAUAAUUUUGCACCUAACAGCUGAUUCCCACUCUCAAGGUGUAAUAUUGUGGCUAGUAUUGUAAAUGAGCUAAGCUAAGUUAUGCAACUCCAUCCUUGUGCUUGGAGUGGUAUUGUUUUUGGCUGCAGUAUGCUCCUAGCUUUGAGCUUAGCUGGUUUAUUUUUUCCUUCACAAGCCUAUUUCGAGCUGUCCCCAAGCUUAGUCCAAAUUUAUCUUAAAAAACUGACUACCAGCACAUUUAGUUAAAUGUCUUCUGGCUUUCAAUGGCUUUGAGGUUGUUUGUUAAUGAGUUCACUUCUGGCUUCUUAUUUGAGUUUGAGAGGUUAAAGUUGUGCAACAUCCCAAGUUAAACCAGAAACUACCUUUAAAUGUUUUGGUGUAAGGUUUCCAAUAAAACACAUGGAUGGAGUCACAUGUACGUGAAAAUGAGAUUGAGGUUGGAAUCUAGCUUAUUAUGAACUAUUAUUUGGGCAGUUGGUGGGCUUUGUUUCUGAAGCUUUAAUGGGCUCAACUAACUAGCCUUGUUCAUGGAUGGCUCAUGGCUGUCGAGCUUUGUUUGCAACCUUAAAAGAGCUGAGCACCAUCAUGUGCUAGUUUGGCUUUUUAACAAGUGUGAGAUUGACCCAAAUGUUGUUAUUGAGGUUAAUGAAUGAGUGGCGUGCAGGCCAUUUGUCCUAUUUGAUUGUCAACUCAUGCUCUAAUAUGUGUCUACUGCUUGUAAUUAUCUGCUUUUAAGUGGACAAUGAGGGUUAUUGUUCAUGUUUUGCAUCUCUGCCCUUGAAAAGAAACGUAGAUUGCAAGGUUAUCUGCAUCUCUUAUUUCAUUUUCCACAAGAGUUUCAUUAAUGUUGCCUUUUCAUUGAUUUAAAGGACCGGGCCAAUGAGAUAUAUAAGAAGGUAGAAGAUCAAAAAUCUAGUAGAGGAAGAAAUCAGGAUGCUUUGUUAGCUGCUUGCCUUUACAUUGCGUGUAGGCAAGAGGACAAACCACGCACUGUUAAGGGUAUAAUCUGUGCUUCCUUUUAGCAUAUUGAUACUUCCUGAUUUAUCUUUCCCUUCGUAUGUGAGCUGCCUGAACUUGUGGGUUUUAAAUAGAAAUAUGCUCUGUUGCCAAUGGAGCCACAAAGAAAGAAAUUGGCCGAGCAAAAGAAUAUAUUGUUAAACAAUUGGGAUUAGAGACUGGUCAGUCUGUGGAGAUGGGUACGAUACAUGCUGGUGACUUCAUGGUGAGC